AUGCGCUUGCUGAGUCAGAGAUGUCCUCACUCGCUGCACUUUGCCCAGCACGAGCACAAGCAGAGCACGCUUCAGCCCGCUGUUCAGCGCCUCUUCUCUUCUCGCGCUGGUCCUAGAGUGGCACGCAAGCCAAAAAGCGCAAAGCAGGUCACCAAAGAUGUCAAUCCCAAGUUUACCUCAUCCAAGGCGCUCGAAAGUGGCUCUCCUGCUAGAACCGGACCAACGCCCCUUAUCAAAGGGUCACGUACGGCUGCAGUUGCUGGCCCCUCAAAACGCUCAAAGGCUGCUGCCACUGAGCAACAAGCAUCGCAGCCCAUCGUUGCAAGCAAGGAACACCGCUCUAGCACGGAGGAAAAUGGCGUAGCUUUAGCAGUGUCGCGCAAAGAGUUUGCCAAAUGGUUCGGCACCACUGUCAGCGAGAUUGAAGCAGUCUUGGAGCGCGAUCCGGCCGCAAAGCUGGGCGAUGUGCGACGGAUCCUUCCGUCAAGGCUGCAACGGGUCCACAAAAGGAUCGAGGAUCACAUCCGUGCCGAGAAGCAACGACUGGACUCUUUUGGAAGCGCGCCUGGAGGCCAUCUGCGCGACAAGGUAGGCGCCAGAGCUGCGGCCAUUCUGAAUUUGGUCGACGAUGACGAGGAGAUCUUCAAUCUCGCUCAGAUGUACCUUGCCAGCCAGGCGGAGGAAGCCAAGGCUACGGCCGAUUUGAUGGGCGUUCACACCGUGGCAACGCGCAUUGCAACGAGGAUGGCACGCACAGCAGGCCGUGCAUUUCAACCCGUACAGAUUGGCAAGCCAGAGAACGACGACGUUGCUCCGUCACCGCCCGUGGAAGUGUCGACUCUCAAGGAUGAGGCGUUGCGCAGGUCUGACGUACUGAACGGUGUCAAGCAGAUACAAGACUUGCAUGCGGAGAGCGCUCCGAGAAGCAUCGACAUUGUUGGGGCUCAUCAGCGAAUGCGGGGCGCUGAGUCCGGUAUCAGCGUGCCUGCGCCCCAAAUAGCAAAGCAAGAAGAGGAGCGACAGAGAGCCGCCUUGACUCAUUCGCUCGAGGUACAGAAAUCCCUCGAGCGCGAGGCAGAACGCGUGUCUGCGGCGGAAGAAAAGAUGGCUCAAGAAGCACAGCUUCUGGUUCGAGCUCGUUCUGAGGAGAUGCAAUUGGCGCUGCAGCGACCGAAGAUCAACAUCCCGAAUCCUGCAGCGCAGCAAGAUCAACCACACCCUUCAUUGCGGCACAAAGCACCCAUUUCUUCCAGCUUCUUGCCCGACAUUUUUGGAACUCCGGCAUCCGCGCAACCCGCUCUGAGAAAGAUCGACAGCUACCUCAAGGGACAUUUGACGCCUUUGCAAAAGGACCUGCAAAGAGGUCGUCAUUACGCCGCCAUUUUGCUUGACGGCGAUAAUUGCCGGUUCUUGCCCAAGUACGUUGUGAGAGGAAAGCAAGGUGCGCGCGACGUCAUCAACGAGCUGAAGGCGCGCGUACCGCAGCUUGGCCAAGACUGUCAUUUGAGAAUCAUGGUCUUCAUAGCGCUCUACAACAGUUUGGCAUCGCACAAGCACUUCGGCUACGAAAUCCGAGACGUUUUGGACUUUUACUCUGAGAUCAGCCAAAAUGGACCGCUGAACAUCGUUGCCGAGGUUGGCAGGGAGCCUCAAGCCGCCGAUCUGAAGGUGAAGACGCAUCUUGCUGAUCUCAUGCUAGAUUCGGAUUGCAAACAUAUCUACUUGGGUGGCAUAGAUGAUUCGGGAUACCAUGAGGAGCUUAGAGCAGCCCAAAGCAUGGGCUAUCUCAGGCGCGUCUCCCUCAUACAUACCGGAUCUCUGAGAUCCACCGCCAUCAAGUAUGCGGAGUUCAAGGACCGGUUCGUCACCUGGGGCUCUCAGAUCUUUCAAUCAGGUCUCGAGAUUCCUGCCGAUGUAGCUGCCGAACGUAGCAAGAAGACGGGAGUGUGA